AUGAAUGCGAUAAACGCAUCUUUAAGAAAUUCCUCUUUGGAGAACAUGACCAAUGCUCAAAUUGUCUGCCCAGUUACUGGUGAUGGAACGGUGUCAAAAGCCGUGCUGACAACAGCUUAUUGCAUUAUGUUAAUCCUCUCUUUGGUGGGAAAUACUCUUAUCAUUCUGAUCGUCUACCGGAACCCUCGCAUGUGGACAGCCUCCAAUUUCCUUAUUGUUAACAUGGCUGCAUCAGACCUUCUUCUUCCCUUCUUUGCCGUUCCAAGAAUGAUCGUGGAGGUGCUGGUGGGCAGAGAACGAUGGCUUAUUGACGGCACAGCCGGACUGAUCCUAUGUAAACUCGCGUAUUUCUUCCAAGAUGUGUCCAAUGCUGUCUCUGUUCAAAGCCUCAUCGCUAUAACAGCAGACAGAUUUUACGCGGUGAUGUUCCCUUUGAAAGCAAACGCAAUGAAGUCUUAUAUCAGGUUUGUGAUUCCGGCUAUCUGGCUCACAGCAUUUGGUCUUCAUGCGCCAUAUCUUCAAGUCUUCAAAUUGUGCCUGGUAGAAGACAAGCUAUACUGCUGUCAAAGGUGGCCAAAGACUACAUCACUCCACAGCAAAUUUAUCUAUUUUUAUUUAAUUCUCUUGUUGGUGUUUGGUGUUCCGUUAAUAACGAUCAUAAUUUUGUAUGUAUUUAUUGUUUAUAAGUUGUUCCGCCGAAAAUUUCCCCUCGGUGCCGGCAAUUCCAUGACCCAAACUCAGCGAAACCGCCGCGCGAAGCAAAACAAAAACAUUUUAAAACUGUCAGUUACUAUUGUCGUCAUCUUUUUCUUAUGUUUUUCUCCCUUACUUGUUCUGGCUAUUCUCAGAACUACCGGCAGUAUAAGUCAAUGCAAUAUCGAAGUAUUCCGAAUAGUUGCCAAGUUGUUCGCGCAGUCAAACUGUGCAGUGAAUUCCUUUGUUUAUUACGUUUUUAAUACACAAUUUCGUCGGGGAUUUAUUUCCUAUUUAAAGGCAAUUGUUUGCUGUCUUGAUGAAAGCGAUGAUGGCACGAACACUACAGUUGGCUACUCUACCACGGGUCAAAAGAUUUCCCUUCUGUCACAAAAACGAACCAAACAGAAUCUUUCUAUCACGGAAACAAUCUCAGAGUAG